AUGAGAGCAUGCGACUACGACACCGUUCACGAUUUAGAACACCGAACACUGAUAGCGUACAGGCCGAGUCAUUUCAGCGCUCCAAUUCGCAUCCAAGGAUUCCCGCGAACCGAAAUCUCGUCUUCGGAUCGCAGUCCACGUCUUGACCAGCUGGCCGGCGGUAUAAUAGAGAGAACAAAAUGGAGUUCUACAAAAGAGAUUGGGAAAAUAUUGCGAUCUACGUGGAUUUCGGUCUCGAAUGCACCUACUGUUCCGUCAGCUGUUGACAUGGAUUUGCCAUCACAGUUUAUGAUCGAGGAUGAACUGAGGACAAUGGGAUCAGAACAGCUCAGGCGGGAACGCAGUCUUAUUUCAAGUGAUCUGAAGUCCUUGCAAGAUCAGAUAGGUGACUUGGCGUUCAACAAUUAUCGAACUUACGCAGAUGCCGGACGCACAACCCAGCAUUGUACCGACAUAUUCACUGAGAUGAAAGAGAAGCUCCGUGUUGUAUCCGGGCAGAUUCCUGAACUUGCUGCUGAACUGCGCUCAUUCCAUACUUGUACGAAAGAUAUAUCCAAUGAGCUUGAAACUGUGCGAUCUGCAUGUCAGAAAGACGGUCCUGUGUGGGAGCUUCUUUCGCUUCCUGCGGUAGAUGAUAUGCAUAUCCAAGAUUUCAUUGCAAAACCUGUAAUAAAUUUCUUUUGGGGCAUCGCCGACAAACUUGUAGAAGCUCGAUCUUUUCUAUUGGAGGAGUUAUUCAACAAAUUUUCGGGACCUCUUGACCUCGCUUCUUCUAUCCAGGUUGUGAACAAUGUUCGUAAAAUGCCUUACCUCACGCCUACACAGUUACGUAUCUGUAUUCUGCAGCACAGAGACAUGUAUUUGGAUAGGCAAAUUCUAGAUAUCACGAACCAUCCAGAGUUCGCCAUUCGAGCUAUUGAAAUUUAUCGAGAUUGUAUGUAUGAUACUCUUGUGCUCUAUUUAGCUGUUUUCCCCGAAAAUGAAACGGUGCGCAAAGAUUUGUCGUUAGACCCCCGCUGGGAAACAUGGCCAUCGAGUGCACCUUCUGCAGUGCUUGGACAGUGGACUGCGCGAAACAUUACUCGUCUGCUGGAUCUUGUACGACGAGCAGAUAUGAAGAACAGCGUUGACAUGUGCACUGUUUGGUCAAAGCUCAUGUCACUAGCUGCAUCACUCGGUCGCAUGGGACUAGAUUUCCGAGCACUUGUUGUUGAUUCGCUUGUGAAGAUCGUAUUGGAUCGAUUCAGUUCCGAUGUUCGAACGGCUACCAAUAGUUUCUUGAAUGAUGUGAAAGUAUUGUCGAUAGCCAGUGGAGAAGUUUCAUCCCUGACUCUGGAAAAUGAACCUUCUCUUAUUGAUAAAACUCCGCAACCCUCAGCUGAAGUGUCAAUGUGGGACGAUAUUUGUGUCUAUGGGAAUGCCCUUGUUGAAGCUUUCAAUAGUUUGCGUUACUCUCCAAGUCCCAUGCUGAUUCAGAAUGUGGUUAUAUGCGUGCGAGAAUCCAUACGAAGCAUACUGAUGUGGCUUUGUGGCCAGUCGUCAUCUGCUCAUUUCAGCAAAGCAGUAGAAAUCUUCUGUCUUCACUUUGUACCAUUUAUAAAUCGGUGCAUUCGUUACUUGUUCCCUUUCUCUGGAAUAACUCGAUUAUUUGGAACAACAAUAACUCCACAACUAUAUGAGUCCUUCACAAAACUGGACGUCAACGAGCUGAUUGCAUCUUGUGAUGGCUGCGAGCGGAUUCAAGCCGUACUUGACGUGAUUAUGAAAGCACGAAUCGUUCCUGAUUUGGAAUCUCUUAAUACUGCCGAAAAAACUCCGAACACGUCAGAUUUUCUAAAAGAAGCGUCUUUUUCGGACACUUCCAUGUGCUCACCUUCUCAACAAGCUCCCAGUUCUGUUCAUUUUGAAUUGGACAACGAAGGCGGUGAUGACGGCGAAUCGACUGAUGUGAAAGCAGAAUCAGAGACAUCAGUUACUGAUCCGAAUUCUCACGGCGAAACGAAACCACAAACAGAGGAAAAUACGCUUGUGAUCACAACAGAUGAUGUACCUGCCCUUGUUGAGACUGCGCCAAGUCCUACUUAUAAUAUCGUUGAAGAAGCUGAAGCUCCGACUACUGAUUGGGAAUGGGAUCAGCAAGCGGCGGGAGAAGAGCAAACGCUUCCGAAAUCAAAAGAAAAAUCUUCCUAA